AUGGAGGAUGAAUUUUCAACCGAAAAUAUCCAGUUGUUGCUGAAAAAAGCGGUGACCGUAUUGGCUGCUCAUCUUGGUGCGGAUCAUUCGUCUGUGCAUGUGGUGACACGUAUUGUGGCGAUGAAAGUGAAACGAAUGUGUCGGAAUUUGAGACUGUCACAGCAACGACGAAACAAUCGCACGGAAACAGCGUUCCCUUCAGCGCUGAUGCAUGCUUUGCAGUUGGAAAACUUCAGAAAUGUUCUGGACUUGGAAAAAUUCUACAGAAUGCGUAUUGUUGCCUAUCAGAGAAGGCUGCUAGCUUUAUGCGCCCAAAAGUAUGCCGAAGCUGUCAAAACAUUCGCGGAAUGUAAAGGGAAUGAGGAGGCCAACAAGCAAACGACGGAAUCCGAGCCGCAGCAGAGCCCCCCGGCAUAA